CGCUGUUGAAUCAUUAGCACAACUGUAGUGCAGACUGUCCAGUGCUUGAGCGCUGCUUCGCUGCUCCAUCACUUUAGUGACUGCUCCUCCGCGUCUCAAUGUAAAUUAAUGCUCUCGGCGACCUUCUCGGUCGCUCUUUUUAUUAUACGGAUUAUUUUUUGUAAUUCUCCCGCUUCGUCGAAACAUCUUUGUUUUCUAUCAGCCAGAAAACUUCCCAGCAGCUGUGGGCAACUUUCCGUCUCGCGCUGAGGUGAAGAAUGCAUUAGCUCGCUCAGCUAGCAGCAGCUUUCUUCGGCUUCCCAGCAUCUAGCGCUGCGUUUCGGGGGGGUUUGUGAUGUUUUUCCGUGUCUCCAGUCGUGAACUAACCCACAUGGAUUAGCCGGACGGCGUUUAGCCCUCGUAAAUGAAAGGAAAAUAACGGGAAGGUUCAGUAUAAGUGCCUGAGCUGUGGCGAGGAUGAGCAGCAAGCGGAGCCUGUUUGUGCGGCUGGUGCCGUGCCGCUGCCUGCGGGGCGAGGAGGAGACCGUCACCUCGCUGGACUACUCUCACUGCAGCCUGGAGCAGGUCCCCAAAGAGAUCUUCAGCUUCGAGAAGACCCUGGAGGAGCUCUACCUCGACGCCAACCAGAUCGAGGAGCUGCCCAAACAACUUUUCAACUGCCAGUUGCUCUACCGACUGAGUCUACCGGACAACGACCUGACCGUGCUGCCUCCGGGCAUCGCAAACCUCAUCAACCUCAGGGAGCUCGACAUCAGCAAGAACAGUAUCCAGGAGUUUCCUGAAAAUAUCAAGAACUGUAAAGUCCUGGCCAUCGUAGAAGCGAGUGUGAACCCUAUAUCGAAACUCCCAGAAGGCUUCACGCAGCUCCUCAGCCUGACCCAGCUCUACCUGAACGACGCUUUCCUAGAGUUCCUGCCGGCCAGCUUUGGCAGACUCACCAAACUGCAGAUUCUGGAGUUGCGGGAGAACCAGUUAAAGAUGUUGCCAAAGAGCAUGCAUAAGCUCACACAGCUGGAGCGCUUGGAUCUGGGCAGUAAUGAGUUCACUGAAGUGCCUGAAGUGUUGGAGCAGCUUACAGGAAUCAGAGAGCUGUGGAUGGAUGGGAAUAAACUGACAUUUUUACCUGGGAUGAUCGGGGCGCUGAAGCAGCUCUUCUACCUGGACGUGUCCAAAAACAAUUUGGAGAUGGUUGAUGAGCAGAUAUCUGGCUGUGAAAACCUGCAGGAUCUUCUGCUGUCUAACAAUUCUUUGACGCAGCUGCCAGGGUCUAUAGGCUCACUAAAAAAACUGACCACUCUGAAGGUGGAUGAUAACCAGCUCAUGUACCUGCCUGACACGAUAGGAGGACUCACGACUCUGGAUGAGCUGGACUGCAGCUUCAACGAGAUCGAGGCGCUGCCGUCCACCAUCGGCCAGUGUGUGACCCUGCGUACGUUAGCUGCAGACCACAACCUGCUCAUACAGAUGCCUCCAGAGAUGGGCAGUUUGAAGAACGUCACCGUCCUCUUCCUGCACUCAAACAAGCUGGAGACUCUGCCGGAGGAGAUGGGCGACAUGCAGAAACUCAAGGUCAUCAAUCUCAGUGACAACAAACUGAGGAACCUUCCGUACAGCUUCACUAAACUCAACCAGAUGACCGCAAUGUGGCUGUCUGAAAACCAGUCGAAGCCCCUCAUUCCCCUGCAGAAAGAAGAAGAUCCGGAGACGCACAAGACCGUGCUCACCAACUACAUGUUCCCUCAGCAGACCAGAACCGAGGACUAUUUGCCCAACUCGGACAGUGAGAGCUUCAACCCGUCUCUGUGGGAGGAGCAGCGUAAGCAGCGGGCUCAAGUGGCGUUCGAGUGUGACGAGGACAAGGAUGAGAGAGAAACGCCCCCGCGGGAGGGCAAUCUGAAGCGAUACCCCACGCCGUAUCCUGAUGAGCUGAAGAACAUGGUGAAAACGGCUCAGUCCGUGGCUCACAGACUCAAAGAGGACGAGUCCGGCGACGAGGCAGGAAAAGAGACCAGGGGCAGCGAGAGGAACCACAUCGGAGUGCAGGAUGUUGGCGUGAAGGUGAUUGAAAGUCCCUGCACUAAUGGCAAAGCUGUUGAAAUGGAGCCAAAAGCAACGAUGAACAGUCAUCAAAAUUACGAGCCAAUAGAUUCAUUAGACAACCACAGCAUUGAAAGGAUCCCUCUCAAGACCUCAGACAACAUGAGAACCAUGAUGAACCAUGAUGAUACGCUUGAGGACUCAGAGGAGCUGUCAUCUGAGGACGAAAUGAAGAUAGCCGAGAUGAGACCUCCACUCAUUGAAAUUUCCAUUAACCAGCCCAAAGUAGUGGCUCUCAGCAAGGACAAAAAAGAUGAUGGGAAGGAUGCCGACUCUUUGCUGGAUGAGACGGUGGCCAACAGUAACCAGAACAACAGCAACUGCUCUUCACCCUCACGCAUGUCUGAUUCAGUGUCCUUGACCACAGACAGCAGUCAGGACAACUCCCUCUGCACCCCAGAGAGGGAGGCAAAGAUGCCUCUGGUCCCCAAGAACGGACAAGAGGAUGAAAACCUCAACCAGCUGAAGCAGAUGACCCCUCUACUCCAGAACUGUAAUGGCUCUGAGACGUCCCUGCAGUCCAUCCUAAAAAACCAGCAAAGCUAUGAAAGCAAGUCUGACCAUAUGGCCGACUACAGUCUCUCUAUGGAGGAGAGGCUAGCCCUCAUUGAAAAGGGCAUAAACAACGGUGUGGCAGAGCAGUACAGCAAGUGGGAUCAGAUCAACAUGAACGUCGCCAAAUUCCCACCUGACAACAUGGUGUCGUAUGAGGACCUGGAAAGGACCAAAAGUCCCUCAGCCAAGGAGUCCAUGUCAAGCAACAACAAUGCCAUGGUGUCACUCGAGAACCUUGAGAAUGGCAACCGGAUUCGGAAAACCCAGUCUGGGGAGAAUUUCAAUGGCAGAACAGAUCAAGUUCCCCUGAGGUACGAGUCGACGAGGACCGUGUCCACAGGUGUAACGGCUUUAAGCGACAUGAGUCUUUCUCGUAGCACUGAGGAACUCUCUCCAGAGAAGAAAUGCCCGCCGGCCCCUGUAGCGAAAUCUCAGAGCAUUGCCAACAUGGAUGCCGGAGGAAUGAAGCUAUACUCCAUCGAGGGAGAAAGCCCUCCUUACGAAGUGGCUUGCGCGACCAGAUCAUCAAUAAGCGGUGCUCAAGGCCAGAGCAUCGUCCGUUCCAAAUCCGCCUCACUGUUAAACGACCAGCCAUUGCAGAUCUACCCCGGUUCCUCUGCAUCAUCCUCUGACCUCUUAUCCAGCUCCAAACCUGCAAUUAGCAGCGCCCGUUACCCCACUGGCCCCCCUCCGCAGUACAACAUCCAGUACGCCAGUAGCACUGUGCCCAAAGACAACUUGUGGAGCCAGCGUACCCCCGUGCCCCCCGAGCAGCCCUACCUCCCUCCGCAGCACUCCCUCGCCAACACCAACUACUCCAACCGGAACAACGCCCCCCCCUAUCCCCAGCCCCAGCAACGAGGCCCGCCCAAGACCCCGGACAUGUGGGCCAAAGAGCGGAUGCUGCCAUCUGUUGGCCAGCGUGGCACCUUGCAAAGACAAGGUAGCGGAUCCUCUGGCAGCCCCAUGUGCAUUCCCGACCCUCGCCGCAUGCCAGGAGGGGAAGGAGAGUACAUGACCUACCGGGACAUUCAUGCGGCGGGCCGAGGGCCUCUGCAGAUGAGCCAGGCGCUCCACAGACCCUUGUCCGCCCGCACGUACAGCAUGGAUGGACCCAACGCUCCCCGGCCGCAGAGUGCCCGGCCCCCACCUCACGAGCUUCCGGAGAGGACCAUGUCCGUCAGCGACUUCAACUACCAGCACGGCAGCCCCAGCAAGAGACCCAGCAUGAGGGUGAAGUCGGAGCACUCGCUGCUGGACGGGCCAGUCAGCGGAGGCGGCAGAGUUCCAGCAGACUGGAGGGAUCAGGUCAUGAGACACAUCGAAGCCAAGAAGAUGGAGAAGAGCGCUCUCUCUCGGUCUUUGGCCACUCUCAAUGGCAGUCAGAGCUCUCUGGCCUUUAGCGCUCUAGACGGAUGGCAGAUUGGAGCUCAUGGGCCCUACGACGAUGUCUUCAGUCCACACGGACAACAGGGCUAUCAUAUCGACACUCUGAGAAAAGUGCCUCUGAUGAACGGCCAGAUGUGUCCUCCUGUGAGAUCUCCCAUGAGCUGCGGUCAGCCAGCGAUGGCCCGUCACCCCUCACGAGAGCAGCUCAUCGACUAUCUGAUGCUCAAAGUGUCCCAGCAGCCCCCGGGCCCUCCACGGGUCCCACACGAGACGCUGCAGCAGGAGCUCCAUGUGAAGAUUGAGAAGAACCCUGAGCUGGGUUUCAGUAUAUCAGGAGGAGUGGGUGGCCGUGGAAAUCCCUUCCACCCAGAUGACAACGGCAUCUUCGUGACGAGGGUUCAGUCAGAGGGACCUGCUUCAAAACUCCUUCAACCUGGAGACAAGAUCAUCCAGGCAAACGGAUACAGCUUCGUUAACAUCGAUCACGGAAACGCAGUGUCCCUCCUGAAGACGUUCCCCAGCACCGUCGAUCUGAUCAUCAUCCGAGAGAUGGCCGCGUAACAGAGCACCGUCUUAUUUUUGUACCGAGAGGAGCCAGGGCUAUAUAUAGUUGAUCUGAACUGAUGUUAACGGGAACGAUGGCUGACCGUCGGUGAAACCGCUGAAUCCAGUGGACGACGGAAGCAUGCGCCUUCACUGUGGGAUAGUCCGUUGGUGCAGUCCAACGAUACGAAAACCUGUGCUUUUUGUAAAGAUAGUUUUUGUUUUUCUUUUCUUUUCUUUUUUUUUUUAAAGAGCUCUUGUGGGACAUUAGCUGUAGCUGACCGUUCGAGGGCAGGGCUCUCUGUCACAACUCACUCGUUGUUAUUAUUUUAAAGAGAUUCUUAAAAACCACUUUUAUGACCCGUGUAAGAUUCAGAGCUAGAAGACGAUGCUACGUGCUAACUGUGGUAACGAAUGUAGAACUGGGCUGAGCUAAACCGAACUGGAUGUGAAAUCUGCAGGCCUGGUGGUCAACUGAUUGUGAAGAAAACAAUUGUUGAAAAACUCUUUUGUGUCGCUAGCGACUCUUCCAGUCCUCGCAACUGGAGUCACCUUUAUCUGCUUUGUGCAAAACGAGACUUUAACGGAGCGAGACGAGCUCCAGCCACCAGUAAGGAUGCGCCGAAAUGCUCCCUGUACGUGAAACUUGGACGGGAACGCGAUGGAGUAUCUCCUCGAGGAUUUCGAAAGAGAAAAAGACACGCACGGAAACGGAAAGCGGUUUCUAACCAAAGCAUACUGGGAUGCUGGCGGAAACCAAACCGCCGGCGCGUCCAUUUCUUUCCCUUCUACAACGCGGCCGCUAACGCCGUCGAACUAAUCCAAUUUGAGUUUUAUUUCGUUUUGGAAACGGUUUUCUAUUCUGUGAAGAAGAUUGUAGAAGUGAUAUUUUAUUCUCUUACGAAAACAUUCUAACGUUUGACUAGCGGUUGCUGUCGAGGGCUAAGAAGCGACAUGUCAAGUGCCAUAGACCCUGAACUGUCAGACAUGGGUUCGACUCAGAGCAAUACUCCUUCAGAUCCACGCCUUAUCGGUCUGACACGUACACCACGGCGGGCGCAAGAGCAAUAGAAAGUCCUUUAUUCCAUUCGCAGGAUGCAGCCAGUUGCGUCUUUUUCCCCUUUCUUUUAUAAAUAACGAAACCCAUUUAGUAUUUCUUGAUUGAAAAGGCAUUUUAUAUUCAAUUUUUUAAAGACAAAACCUGGCAUUUCAGAUUUAUUUGUAAAAACGUUCGUGAAGCGGUGUGCGAAUGAGGAUACAGCGACCGCUUCGAUAGCGAAGAGAUUCGAGAAGCUUCGAGAAACGAGAUUGUUUGCGUUUGAUAAAGUAGGCCGUGAAAGGCUUUUGCCACGUCUGCGCACGAGGACAACGACCUGCUGUCGAUCGUAGUACUGUUUGUGUUAUUUGCAUGAGAUUCCUCCUUUUGGUUGUUCUUCGGUAGACUGGGGCGCUGAACGAAUCGGAGUAAUCAGUUCGCGCGCUGAUGACGUAACGGAAAGACCUCUGCCCGCGUUUUUACCAGAGCGCGAAAGAGUUGUUUAUUCUAAAUUAAUUGUGGUUGUUUUUCACAUUUUGAUUGGCAUUGGCGCGCUGCUGUGUGUUCAAACACGUCAUAAUUAUGAAUUGGAAAUGUAUUGCAACUUUUUUUUUAAUGUAAAUUUAAAUUCAACGGCUAACACAACGGCCUCCAAUGAUUCAUUCGACACGAUGAUUUUGUGGACAGUUACUUCCGGUUUGUCACCAAUCAGUCUAGCGUACGAUCUUUGACUGUCGCUUUUAUUUUGUCUGCGAAGGCAUUGUAAAAAUGUAAUAACGACCAGUGACUAAAAACAGCUUCUUCUUUUUUUAAUUGUCCCACCUUUUAUUUAUUUAGUACACUUCACUUUAGAGAUUACUAAUCAAAAUGUAAAUACUUUUUUAAAAGGUUUAUGAUUUGUUCAUGGCAUUAGUGAUUACGUUUUAAAACCAGCAAUAAUUUGCAUCACAGAAGCAGCCCUUUUAAUGUAUAGCUAUGUCAAAGGUUUCUCCGCAAGCAGCUACUAUUAAGAUGAUUGGUAUGCAUUUAUUCAACAUUCCAGAUUUUGUAAAUAAAUUUACUUUCCAUGGUGUCCUGUGGAAAGAAUAAAUCAACUAAUGCUCUUUCAA